AUGUCAUUAGAGAAGGCUACUUUUGCUGCUGGUUGCUUUUGGGGUGUAGAACACAUUUAUAAAAAGCAUUUUAAUCAAUUCGGUAUUCGUACCAAGGUUGGAUACACUGGUGGACAUGUGGAUGAUCCUGACUACAGAAAGGUCUGCUCAGGAUUGACCAACCAUGCUGAAGCACUAGAGAUUGAGUUUGAUCCUACAAAAGUAUCUUUUGAUGCUCUGGUCGAAUUCUUUUAUAAAAUGCAUGAUCCAACAACGAAGAAUGUACAAGGCCCUGAUGUUGGUACUCAAUAUCGAUCUGCCAUAUUCUAUCAUACACCAGAACAAAAAUCUGUUGCUGAAAAAGUGACAGCGCAAGUACAAGAGAAGCAUUACAAGGGCAAGCAGAUCGUUACAGAAAUUGUACCCGCUGGAAAGUUUUAUGACGCUGAAGAAUAUCAUCAAGAAUAUCUUCAAAAGAAUCCGCAUGGUUACGAGUGUCCUACUCAUUUCUUGCGUUGGUAA